AUGGCAGAUAUCGAACAAGGACUUACCUCCAGUGGCACCGACCAUAUCAACACUCUCCCGAGUGAACUACUCGCCGAGAUCUUUGCAUACGGCGCUACAAACCCACGAUAUCCAUAUCAUAUUAUCAUCCUCGGUAGGGUGUGCUGGAGGUGGCACGCCCUAACGCUAAACUUUCCUACCCUCUGGACGAAAAUCUACAUCCCUGUCAACGUUGUCGUCAAAGGAUGUUUGAUCCACCGACCACGCUAUGAGAGGACCGCAAUUGACAAACAAUGGUCCUCGAAAUUGCGGGAUACAGUGGAGCUCUACCUGACGAGGUCAAAGACGUGCAUCAUUUCGAUCAACUUCGUCGAAGCUCUCUCACCCAGAAACUGGGGAUGGGAGUAUACGUUUUGGCAACUGUCCUUCGACAAAUUGGCAGGGUUGCUCCGCAAGCACAUGCACAGAUGCUACGAGCUUCAUGCUUUCGUCGACGAAUGCCCGCGCGUAUACGAUCUUCUCUCCGAGGCAAACUUGAAAUUGCCAUUGCUUGAGAGCCUUACACUCCCGAAACUCUUGGAUCUCCCCUUUGUCCGAUCCGCGACGAAACUCCAUACGAUACGAACCGAAUUCGUCGAAAAGGACCUCAAAGAAUUGGCAGUCGAGAAUGUGGAACUUGCAACCUGGACGCCUGGGGAAAAUCUCAUGUCCUUUCCCAAAGCCAAGGCCGUUACGCUGCUCCCACCGCCGCCAUGUUCGACAACUUGGCCGCACGCAAGAGUAAUUGCGGUGACCGGCCGGAUGUUCUGCAGUGACUUAGUCUCCAGUUUGACAGUCGCAGGCACCAGAAAUACGAUGGUAAAAAUUGAAGAGAUGCUCUGUAAAGUUGAGUUUCCGAACCUUGAAAUAUUAAAACUCGUCCACUUUGAUCGUACGGGACCCCCUUUGCGCUUGAAAUCCAUAUGCAGGCCGCUAAAGGGGACUUCGACAAUGAAGCAGCUCGUGUUUCAGGGGUUUGCUAUCCGUUUGCCGGACAUGCUGGACAUACUCAGGAUGGUUCCGCGCUUGACGUGUCUGAGUAUCUACGACUCGCCAUUCCCGCUCUUCGGACCGUACAGGCCAGUUUCGAACGCGCUUUUGGGAGCGUUGGCAGACACGAAAAUAGUUCCCGAUUUGGAGAGGCUCAAUAUCUUCUGGCGACAUGAUCUCGACAUAGAUGAUAGUCUGGUCAAACGUUUGCUCGACACGCGACGAGAUCGUCUUAUUGAUGUUGUAGCACGCCAGGACCACGUAACACCACAUAUAGUGUGCUCCCGUAUCAUAUGCGCAGCAAUCCAUGAGACAUAGAGCAAAGAAAUAGUUUGUAGGGUCGCGAGUAGAAAUCAGUGCCGGACAGCUUUUAGUUUCUUUUGAAAACAAUGUUCUCCCAGUGAGCUCGAUUUUCCUAGAGAAUAGAAACUGCGGUGCUUUUUCCAGCUCAGAGAAUGUGUGGAAAUCGUAGGUCACCAGGACAGUCUUGAC